GCCGGGCGGGCGCCCGGGAUGCUCGGGCAGCGCCGCGGGCCGGGCGGGCGCGAUGGAGCCGCCUGAGGGCUGGGACCCCUACGGGCGGCCGGCCCGGCGCACGCAGUGGCUGGUCAGCGCCCUGGCCUACCACUACGGGCUGGACCGCGGCGUGGAGAACGAGAUCGUCGUGCUGGCCACCGGCCUGGACCAGUACCUGCAGGAGAUCUUCCACCACCUGGACUGCGCCGGGGCGGGCCGCAUCCCCGGCGAGGACUUCCGCACGCUGUGCCAGGUGCUGGGGCUGGAGGAGACGGCGGAGCCCGAGGAGUGCGCGGGGCUGUGGGACGGGCUCUCGGCCGAGCUCACCUUCCGCCAGUUCCACGCGCGGCUCUGCGGCCACUUCAGCACCCGCACGGGGCCGCGGCUGCCGCUGGGCCGGGAGAGCGAGCACAUCGAGACGCAGAUCCGCCUGCGCAGCCCCCGCCGCCGCCGCCGCGCCGACCGCGGAGCCGCGGGCAGUGCCGAGCGGCGGCCGCCGGGGCCCUGCUCCCGAGAGUGCUACGAAGAGAUCGUGGCGCUGGAGCAGGCCGAGGACCGCAUCGCCAAGCUGGAGGAGGAGAACGGCAGCCUGCGGGAGCUGGUGGAGGACAUGCGCGCCGCCCUGCAGAGCAGCGAUGCGCGGUGCCUGGCGCUGCAGGUGGGGCUGCGGAAGAGCCAUGCCAGCCAUACAGAAGAAGGAUCCUGCUUCGUAGGGAGUAAGAGACCAUUAACACAGAAGCACUCCCAGAGCAAGUGCCUCCAAAGUGUCCUGGAGGAAAUGGAGCUCAUCCGGAGCUCCAGGGAUGGGCAGAUUGAAGAAGCCAUCAGGUUCAAUCAGGAGCUGGAGAAGGAGCUGAAGAGCUCUCAGGAAGCUCUGGUCAGCCUGGAAGAUUGCAACCGUAACCUGAAGAGGGAGCAGGCAGAGAUGAGGAGGAAGGUGGAAGAGGCCAGACAUGCUGUCCUGAACAGUCUUGGCAAAGUGAAGGAGCUGGAAGUGAGAGCGAACGAGGUGCCACAUCUGCAAAUAUACAUCCAGCAGCUGGAGUCACAACUGCAGCACUACAGGUCGGAACUGCAGCGAUGCCAGCUUGCCCAGCAGAGCAGCCCCGAGCAGCAGCAGCAGCAGCAGGAGGGAGCAGCCGUGCCCGCGGGCACCCGCGGAGCGUCCGUGGCACCGCCGGGCACCGCCGACCACGCAGAGGAGCAGCUCUUCCGCUCCGUGGAGGGCCAGGCUGCCUCGGACGAGGAGGAGGAGAAGUGGGCAGGGGACCGGGCUCCCCAGCUGGGCCACGCGAAGAAGAUCCUGGCCAAGCUCCCUUGCUGUGGCAGUGGAUGUGAUGAAAAGACGUGGAGAAAGCUGCUGUCCUACCUGGAGACCACCAGCACUGACGGGCAGGACCCUGUGGAGCUCUCGGGGAGAAUCUCCCCCCUCACAGAGCAGCCAGAACUCAAGGGCCACCAAGAGAAAAAACUGGAAAUAAGCAUGGAAGAGAUGAAAGGCCCCUGGCUCGGGGAGCUGCAGCAGAAGGUGGAGGAGACAGAAGUGCUGAAGAUGGAGCUGCAGAUGUUGGAGACAGAGAGGGUUCGGCUGUCCCUGGUGGAAGAGAAGCUCCUGGAUGUUCUGCAGCUUCUCCAGCAACUCCGAGACUUGAACAUAUCGAAGCGAGCCUUGGGGAAAAUCCUGCUGAGCACUUUGGAAUCCUACCGUGACCCCCAGCCUGGCAAAGCCCAGCUGUUUGAAGUGCUGGACACCCUUCAGCAGGAGCUGGCAGCCUGUGAACUGUUGCACAAGCAGCCCAUGGAGCAGGCACAGAGCCCACGGUCCCUGUCCAACCCCCUGGUGAUCUCCUGCUGAGCCCAGCCUGCCCCAGGACAGCUGGAAGGAGGAAUGAGGGACAUUUGUCCAGCUCAGCCACGCCUGGACUGGCCAGGAGCGAGGAGUGACCCAAGGGAAGAGCACCAGCCCUGGGCUGGGCACAGCCCUGCCUUACCUGGACUGCAAAGCCCAGCCCUGGGGUGCCCCUGGGACUGGGUGGCACCCAGCUGUGCCCACCACACCCACCUGGCCCACACGGAUUUACAGCUCUGGAAAGCUGGGACUGGGUGGCACCCAGCUGUGCCCACCACACCCACCUGACCCACAGGGAUUUAAGCCCUGGCUAUGCAGGGGCUGGGCACAGUUUGCAGCCUUUGUGGAAGCCCCAGUCCAAAGCCAAGGCAGCCUGUGCUGUCCCUGGAUUUGUUGUCCCUUACCCUACAGGUAACAAACUGAAUGAUAAACACACCCAGGAGUGUGUGCCAGCAGUGCAGCUUUUAAGGGCUCUGUGUUUCUCACUCAGUUACUCACUUUAUUUAACUCUGAAGCUAGAUUUUUUUAUUGCUCUGCUGAAUUUUAUAUUUGCAAUUAUAGAGAUGCCUUAGGAAUAUGCAGCAGCCUUUCCUAACAACAGUCAGAUUUUACAUAAGAAGUUAAAUUUAAGUGCUUGAAGAAGGUCCAAAGCAAUCUUGUUCCCAGGCUCUCAGGGAAAGGAAGGGCUGAAAAAUUCACUUUGCUGUCAUUCUGUGUUAGCAAACAACUCGUGCAGUGCACAAGUGAGUUCUAAAGUUUAAUUUCCCUCAGUGCAGCUGCAGAGACACAAAAUUAGGCCCCACAUGGAAGCCAGUUAAUGUAAAGUGCUGGGCCUAAUUGUGGUGCCAUGGGAUGUUUUAAUCAGCAAUAAAAUAAUUCCUGGGGCAAAAAUAAUAAUAAUAAAAGAAAGGUUUCUUCCAAGGUGCUUUUGCUUUGUCAUUCACCUGCCAAACAGAGGCAGAAUUCCUAAAAGAGCCAGCUGAAUUUAUGUUACUGAAAAGAUGCACUGUGGAUCUUUUAAGAAUGUGAAAUGAUUUGCCUGAGAUAAUGCCAGUGAUGAAAUAAGAUCAUUCAACUGUACGUGUAUGGAUUUUUCCCAGGAGAAAGGUUUUUAUACAGGAAUGAGGUCCACAAUGCAAGGUGGGGAAUAAGAUUUCCAUUCCUUUCCAUUCAGAACACACUGUGUAGCUCACACACACCUCCACUGAAAAUUGUGGCCCCUUUGAGCCACAUUGGGAACAAAAAUUUGUAUUAUUUUAAUUUCAUUUUAAACGAGAAAAAAAAGUAUUAUGCAAACAAUGAAACAAACUCUGGUUUACCUCGUUGAGUUUUUUUUUUUUUUUUUUGUAUUUUGGGGUUUUUUUUUUGUGGUUUAGCAGAGGAAGAUUUUAAGAAUAGAUAUAUAUUGUUACUGUACAUUUUUCUUAAAGAUACAUUAGACAGGACAUAUAUACAUAGAACCCUCUAAGAAAGAAAACUGUCUCUUAAUGCUAAAUAUAUUACUAACAAAAUACCAGAGCAUAAUAUACUAUUUCUGAGUAUAUACUGAGGUACAUGCUACUAUUGUGUCCUACAGAAACAUCCUUCAGUUGUGCCACAGGUAAGAGUUUAAAUAAGCAGAAAUCAGAUCCCUGCUUGGUUUCAUUUGCUAAAAAUCACAUAAAGUAUCAGCUGGUGUUUUGUGCAGCUCUCUCAGACUUUCCCAGGAAUAUGGCAGAGGUGUAAAGAGGGAAAAUGCCAGGAAAUAAUGAAAUGAGCCUGACCUGUGUGUUCAGGAGCAGGAUUCUAAUGCAGGUACACACCUCAUUUACUGCAGGGUCCCUGCAGCAUUUGGGUUUGUCACCAUCUGGACCCUUUUUCCUGUUCCCAUGUCCCCCAAACCUGGCAGUCUAUUUCUCACAGACAUUGCAUUUCCUUAGAUCCCCACAAACUCACUUUUAGUUUAUUAAUUUUCUAUUAUACCCACAAACUGACCCUAAAAUGAAGCUUGGAUAUUUUCUCCCCUGACCUCCACCAUGAAGUUUUUGUUUUUUUUCCCACAAAACAAACUUUCAGAUUUGACUUCAUCUUCAAUGUCCCUUCCCCUCCCAACGCCCUCCUCACUUCUCAUUUGGCAAAUUUCUCCCUGGGGUAGCCUCUGAGGGGUUCACACUUCUAGCACAAAUGACAUUUUUCAAGGAGAGUUUCCUCCUCCCAUGAUUUUUUCAUUUAAUGGAGGCAUUAACUAUUAGUAAAUUAAAGUCCACCUGAUGUGUAAAUUUAUUUAAUAACUGUCCCAUUUAUUUAUGAAGUUCUCUCUGGAGUAUUUGGCAGUGAGAACUCAUCACAGAUGUUACUCUGAGUCACAGAAUUUUUGCAGCAGAUCAGAGUGGCCUUGUCCAGCCAGAGCUGCUCCGAGGGGUUCAGUGCAUCUGUGCACACUUUGGGAGCAAAAAACCCUGGAAUUCAAACUCUCCCCUUUCCUAUUACUGUCCUUGAUCUGUUACAUGGUGAUGGAAGGAGCUGGGAUUAGGAAGAAAGGAACAGUUUUAAAAUAAAAAUGGAAUAAAAUGGAAUUGCUCAGUGUGAGAGUGACACUAAACCUUCACAGGGUGCAUGUGACAUGUGGCAUUACCAGCCACAGGGAGGGCCUCUCUCAGAUUUAUAAUUUCAUGGAGUUUAAGACACUGAUUCCUUUAGUAUUUACACUGUCUUAUUUUCUUAAUAAUUUUAUGUAUAAUUCCCCAAAAUACAGAAGCUAUAGAGUAUAUUUCCUAGUGUGAAAUUAAAUUAAAAUAAUCCUUAUGUCCUUAAUUACACUUUACUUUCAAAAGACUGGGAUUUUCAGAGGUUUUGGGUUUCU